AUGAGUGAAGAAGCUACGACAGCUCAACACUCUAGAAAAGCUUCUACUUCUAGCUCGUCGUCCAAAAAUAAUAAAGAAAUUCAAACAGGUUUGAAGCAACUCCAAUUACUACAGGCCUUUCAAAAUGGUGAUAUUGAUGAGCUAGAUGCUCUGCUACAAAACCAUAGCCGGGAAGAUUGCACUUUUGCUUUAUUCCUCUGCAUUCAAUGCGCAAAUGCUUCUAUGGUAAAACAUAUUUUAUCCGUUUUUGAUGUUGAUCUUAAUGCAUACGAUAAAAACCAAAAUACGCCCCUACAUUUAGCUGCUAUGGCAGGCCGCCAGGACGUUGUGGAAACUCUAUUAUUACACCCUGACAUAAAUUAUAAUCUCCUAAAUGGGAACAAUUUAAAGGCCUGGCAGGUUGCCUCUUCUAAUACUCUGGCGGAUUUCAUGAAAGGUUUCUGUGCAAUGUAUACCAAGGAAACGGCCCGCGAAUUUAAGCAUGCCUUUGAAGAACGAAAUUUUGAUACAUUGGACUAUUUGAUGAGACAUAAUGAAUACAACUCUGCCAUCGAUCUAAAUGAAAUCGAUGUUGAUACUGGACAAACCUAUUUACAUCUUGCAACAAAGGCUAAGGACGUGGAGCUCGUCAGUUGGUUACUCAACCAUAAUGCUGAUCCUUUUCGCCGAGACAAGUUUGGGAAACUUCCUGUAGAUUACACAAGGGACGAGAGCUUGCGUAGCCUAUUUCGGAACCAGACUUCUGAAACAACUUCUCAACCGCCUUCUUCUGUUGACCCAAAUAUCUCUGGUUAUUUGAAAAAAUGGACCAACUAUAAGUCAGGCUAUAAGCUGAGAUGGUUUAGCCUACGUAAUGGUGUGUUAUCUUAUUACAAGAACCAAGACGAUGCUUCUUCUGCCUGUCGUGGAUCUAUCAAUUUAAGUUUAGCUCGGCUAGUUUAUGAUCCCAAACAGCCUACUAUUUUUCAGGUCAUCGGAAGGGGUUCUGUUCGCUAUAGUGUUAAGGCUAACUCACCUGUGGAAGCGCACCGAUGGAUCGAUGCCAUCGCGUUUGCUAUUGAACACGACCAGGAAAAUGAAAAACAAAAAAAUUCAGAUGCUGUGUCCAUUGGUACUUACGAUAUUCCAGUACCAACGAACCAAGGUAUGAUGUUUAGCUCCGAACAUUUGCCAUGGAACGAAACCGAUUCUUAUGCUGGUUCGGAUGAUGAACACGAAGAAGAUAUGCCUCACCGAGAGAGUUAUGAAUUUAACAUGAACAUUGCCAAAUACAAGGUGGACAUUAUGCAUAGCCUGAUUAAUUCAGCGAUUUCACACGAUAAGUACAAACAAGACCCAGCUCUAAUGCAGGUGUUUGAAGGAAUCGAAGAUGCCUUUAGUACUUUAGAGAAUAAUGUUAUCGAGAUUCUACAUCUUCAGCAUGAAGCAGAAAUUCACUAUAAACGAAAGCUAGAAAACGCUACCAGAAUCAAUGCUUUAUGGGCUGAAAACUUGAAAACAGUCGUUGAAGAACAAGACCAAAUCGAAGAACGCUAUCACAGGAGCGAAAAUCACCGUAGACGUACUAAACGUGCGCUUCGUAAAUUGGCUUCUUCAAUAAAAAAUGACAAAAACAAUGGCCAGUUUAACGAGACUGCAUCUUUAUCUUCAACUUCUUUAUCAAGUGAUUUUAGCGAAGAGGAUCAAGAGAAUGACAGGGACACCUUCUUCGAUGCUAACGCUAAUCAAACGCCCUCUCGUAUUCAGUCUCCGUCCAAAGAGACUCCUCCGGCGGUUGGCCAGUAUCCCUUUGACGAUUCCCCUGUUCCUACAGCCGGUCAAUAUCCUACUGAUGAAACAUCUGCCCCAUCUGGUGAACGCUAUCCUCCCACUGAAACAUCUGUUCCUCCUAGUGAACGCUAUCCUCCCGCUGAAGAGUUUGCUCCUCCUGGUGGACAUGAUCACCCCGCUAAAGCAUCUGCUCCUUCUGGUGAACGCUAUCCUCCCGCUGAAGAGUUUGCUCCUCCUGGUGGACAUGAUCACCCCGCUAAAGCAUCUGCUCCUUCUGGUGAACGCUAUCCUCCCGCUGAAGAGUUUGCUCCUCCUAAUGAACAAGAUUCCCGGGCUAGAGCAUCUGCUCCUUCUGGUGAUCACUAUCCUCCCACUGAAGAUGCUUCAUCCAAAAUGAAUGAGAAACCUGUCUUCCAGGGUAACUCGCCUGGCACAGAAGCUCCAGAACAUCCUCCUUAUUCUGCACCCAUUGGUGCUAGUGGCGUUGCAGGCGAUAGGAAAAAUAAUGAAAAGCAAGCACCAACGGAGGAACCUAAAUCAGAUUCUCGUUCUUUGGAUCUUCAAAAAUCAUUCCAUGGUUAUGAGGCACCUCUUCGAUUGGAUUUAGGGAUAAAAGAUGACCGUCCAAAAAUUAGUCUUUGGAGUAUUUUGAAGGGAAUGAUUGGUAAAGAUAUGACAAAGAUGGCUUUACCCGUUAGUUUUAACGAGCCUACUAGCCUUUUACAACGUGUUGCGGAAGACAUGGAAUAUACCGAUUUGCUCGAGAUUGCAUCUCAACAAAAGGAUCCAGCUUGGCGUGCUUUAUAUGUUGCUGCCUUUGCUGCUUCAGAAUAUGCAAGUACCAUCAAUCGUGUCGCAAAACCUUUUAAUCCGUUGUUAGGUGAAACUUACGAAUUAUGCCGUCCUGAUAAGGGAUACCGCUUUCUAAUCGAGCAAGUUAGUCAUCAUCCUCCUAUUGGUGCUGCAUACUCGGAAUCUUUGAAUUGGAAAUACUACGGAGAAUCAAGUGUAAAAUCAAAAUUUUAUGGUAAAAGCUUUGAUAUAUCUCCUCUUGGCACUUGGUAUUUGGAACUUAAAACUCCUUCAGGAAAUGUGGAACUAUUUACAUGGAAAAAGAUUACAUCUUCAGUAGUGGGAAUUAUUAGUGGAAGUCCUACUAUAGAUAACUAUGGCCAGAUGAUGGUUCAGAAUCAUUCGAGUCAUGUAAACUGUCUCUUGGAGUUCAAACCUCGCGGCUGGCGUGGCACUAAUGCCUAUGAAGUAAAAGGAAGUAUUCAAUCUUCAAGCGAUACUCCUGAAUACACUGUGAAUGGCCAUUGGGACGACAAAAUAUUUGCUUACAAUGCUGGUAGUAACAAGACAAUGCUAUGGCAAAAUCAUGAGCGACCACCUCGUCCUUUUAACCUGACGCCGUUCGCCAUUUCUUUGAAUGCUUUAACUGACGAACUUAAACCAUGGUUACCUCCUACGGAUACUCGUUGGCGACCUGAUCAGAGAGCAAUGGAAGUAGGUCAAUAUGAUUUUGCCGCUGACGAGAAAAGCAGGGUUGAAGAGAAGCAAAGAACCAAAAAGAAAAUGCGUGAUCUAGGACAAAUAGAAGAAUGGAAACCAAAAUGGUUUUCACAACAGAAGCAUCCCGUCACUGGUGAAGAAUAUUGGAUGUUCAAUGGUGAUUAUUGGAACGUAAGAGAGGAAGCUGGUAAAGCAAACCUCUCUGGUCAAUCAUUCGAAUGGCCCGGCGCUGACGAUAUUUUUUGA